UGAUCCCGUUACAUGUCGUAAAGCCGGAAUUUCACGGUACGCUGGACAUUUUGUCAUUCAUUUUGCACGGUACGCUGGACAUUUGUCUAACUACUACGGUACCUUCGGAAGACCUGGAUGCUUCGACAUAUGAGCGUGACUGUGAGGAAUCUCUGCGGAAACGGAUGUGAAAGAUCACAGUGAAUCGCACCGAAUCGAAUGUCAAAGACUUCGAGGGAAGCAAAGGCCGAGGGUUACGUCUUGUUUCGAUCCCGUGGGGUCUGUCAAAUGUCGGGAGGAAACUCCAUCAUGGGGUUGACGAGCGCGUUCUGAUGGUUAUGUUUACAUGACAGCGCUGAAGGCAUAAGAUAAGAUUGCAUCGGUAAGCAUUGGAGGAUCAGGAAGGGACGGAGGUAUGGCGGCGAAUUUCUGGGCUUCUUCUCACUGCAAGAAACUCCUGGACUCAGAUGAGGUGGGACACGUGUUACCUGCCGACCAGGAGCGUGGAUUAACAGCAGAGGAUGUGAAAUUGAUAAAAAUUUACUUAUCUUCCUAUAUAAAAAAUCUAGCUGGACAUCUGAAAGUCAGACAACGAGUUGUGGCGACUGCCAUCGCUUACUUCAGACGUAUAUAUACCAGGAAGAGUUUUACGGAAUUCGAUCCACGUUUAGUAGCUCCAACUUGUUUGUAUUUAGCAUCAAAAGCAGAGGAAAGUACAGUAGCAGCUAAGCUACUCGUGUUUUACAUGAAAAAAAUUCCACCAGAAGACAAGGGGUUUCGAUAUGAGAUCAAGGACGUUCUGGAAAUGGAGAUGCGGCUUCUGGAAGCACUAGAUUACUAUCUUGUAAUAUAUCAUCCUUAUCGGCCACUUAUCCAGCUCUUACAAGAUGCUGGAUUAAGCGACAUAAUCGUAACUGUUUGGUCCAUUGUUAAUGACUCCUACCGAACAGACCUUAUCUUGAUGCACCCGCCUUUUAUGAUAGCACUUGCCUGUAUAUAUAUCGGAAGUGUAAUUAAAGAUAAGGAGACACGAACAUGGUUUGAGGAGUUGAGAGUUGAUAUGAAUGUGAUAAAGAAUAUUGCUAUGGAAAUUUUAGACUUUUAUGAGAACUACAGAAACAUCCCCGAGGAGCGUCUCAAUGCUGCAAUGGCAAAGCUUCCACAAAGGUCCUGAGUGUGCUAUGUGAAUGCCGUUGGGGAUUAAAGUUCUACAUGUCUCAAGCAGAACAAGUCCCCGAUGAUUGUCUUUCAGCACAAAAUGGGAACUAUACCAACAGUCAAUGGGUUUAGUUCAGGUCUACACAUACUUGGAACAUGAUUGUGGCGGUUUGGGACGAAAUCACUAUCAGCUUUGGAGUUGUCAUCUUCGGAGGAUCGUUUUCAGUGUAAGUGCAGAGGAGUUCGUCAUCUUCAUCGUGGCAUUCUAGCUUGCACUCGCUUCCAUGUUGAAUCCUUCACAAGAAUGUUCACAAUUGUUCUAUUGACAUCUACCUCUUACUAUUUGAGCUCUCAAUGUAUCAAUUAACUAAGCCACUCAUUUUCGUUGAUUUUAUUGGAGAGUAAGGUUAUGGUAUAAUGCUGAUUUUCAGAUGAAUUUUGGAAAGUUCUCUAUGUCAAACUACUGUAAAAGCUUGACUUUGCUUAAGUCAAAGUUUGCCCUGCACAUUUGAUGAUUGCUUAUCAUUCAUGUGUCAUUUUUUAUCACAUUUUGGAAUGGAACAUACAAGCUGUAGACGGAGUUACGGAGACUUGAAUCAUCAACAUGCUAUGCAAACCAUUCCGACUAGACUUUGCAAUGCCGUAAGAUAUGGAUUUUCUCUUUGGUCAUCCUACAAGAUUGAGAUUUAUGAGUUCAGCCUUUUCAUUAUCGCCAAAGUUCAGCAAAUUACCGGCUGAAAAUUAGAAAAUA